AUUUUUGAGAUGCAGAAAAAGCACGCACGUUGCUGAAAUUUAAGUGCAAAUUAUUUAUCCAACUGAUUUUUCUGACCGAAAAAGUGAAAGCAAAGAGAAAGUUGGAUGCAGAGUAAGUUUUGAUGUUUUUGCACGAUCAAAUUGCAUGCAGAAAUUUUUAUGAAAUAACUGACGACAGAUUGCAGAUUGGAAGAUUUUCACCUUGUCUGGAAAUGGAAAGAUGAUUCUUUAAAACGUUCUAAUAAUUCUCGAUGGUGGGCCUACGCACAUCAUGGAGUCGGCUGUCGGCCCAACGACUUUUGCAAAAACGAUCGAGAUGGAACAAUCAAAUAAUUAGGAACGGUAGCAGCUUCAACCCGCAAGUUUUUUCUUCGACCCUAAAUUCGCAACGAUGCUGUCGAUUAUGCUGUGCAACUUACUACAAACGUGACAUGUGUAACCGAAGCUUUCCCCCAAUCAUGCGAGAGGAAGCAUCACAAGAGUCCUUGUCAAUCUCAGCAGAAGAUGAAAAUGCGGAAAACCUAUUCAUCAUGGACAACAAAGAAUUAGUAUUAGAUAGUGAUAUCGAUGACCAUGAUAUGUCCCACCUUCGGAUUAAACUUUAUCCAAUCGACGAGUCGGAUCCUCAGUCUGAACCAAUCUCACGUCUUUACGAAGCUGCCUCUGUCCAAGAAGUAUUUGACAUUAUUUCUAGCGUACCGCAGAUUAAUUACAGUCCUAAAAUUGCUAGUCAAGCUUUAGUGAGUUUAUGGGAUAUACAAAAAUUGCUGUUCAAGCUCGGGCCAAUUUUUAACCCAGAGGAGGACAUAAGAAAUAAAACGGGCUUCAUUGAGAACAUCAAGGCCAAUCAAAUUUUCAAGGACCGUGUUUUGCGCCCCGUUUUAGAUAUGCAUCGAGAGCUGGAAGAUGAACCACUAUGUGCAUCACUGCUCGCACUUAAAAAGAUGGAUUAUUCUAUCGUCGUAAUUGAGGCUCUGAUAGACGAAUGUCUCCGAAGGAAUCGGUCUGGUCCAGGACUCGCUCUAGCGGGUUUGAGUCGGUUAAGCGUUGUCCUGAGAUCACGAGGCUUGUACGGUCAGUGUAUCAUGGGAGAGUUAUCCCCUACAAUUUUCAAAUAUGUAAACGAAAUGAUUGACGAUCUUGAGGUACGCCUAGUAUCAAUCUUAUUAAGGAACUCGAAUCGUGUAAUUAGUGAGACCAUUUUCAAAGCCUAUGCAACAAGAUUGAAUACACUUCUCGACAACACAGAUUUUGAGACUGUCACGUACUGCAAAAUGUUUAUAUUUUUACUAGACUCGGGAAAGUUGUCUCCGCCCGAACUAAUUCAUAAAGUCAGUUAUAAGAUAAAGGACAGGGCAUCUGAUAUUGAACUGAUGGAGCUAUUAUCGCUACAAAAGUAUUUAUCCGGGUCACUCCCCUGGCCAUUGAUUGAGGCCCUAAUGUCUAGAGGGAGUCGUGUCAUCGAGGAGUGCCAAGAUCGUCCCAGGAUUGACCUCAUCUCUUAUGUAGGGACCUUCAUGCGUGGGCCUUUGGUGAAAAAGAGACUUGCCCAAAUAGCGAAUGACUGCAUAGAUAAUAAUGACUUUUCCACGAUUCAAAACGUGAUUUAUCCCCUCAUCCGAAGUUUGAAAACAGACGAUCGAACUAUUUAUGACAAGUAUUGGAAUAGUGCCGUCAAUUUGUUGGAGAAAGAGUUGGUUCUUAACCCACAAGAGUAUAAGAGGUCAAUCCACUUGGCGAAAAACUACUUACACUUUACCCACUCCCUUACAUUUUCUUAUAGGAACUCGUGGUUAGAAACUAUUUGUAAGAAGCAGUGUUAUUCAGUGUUAGACAGGUAUUUAAAAGAACCUCAUCCCGAAGUUGUUAUCAGUCCGUCCGAAUUUGCAACCAUUAUCUCGUUUUUGAUCGCGUUUGACCAAUCCUACAUGGAUUUGAAAUAUAUUUCAAAACUCGAACAGUUCGUGAAGAACAUGAAGGCGUUAGAUAUCGGAUUCAUUGUGAAAGGGGUGGAUUGUGCUUUAUCUAAAGUGAUUAAAUCUGGGAGAAACCCGACUUUAUUAAAUCGGAAGAGUUACGAGAUUGUGAGUGAAGCAUGUUCCAUUUUGGAGGAAGAGUGUGCCCUCAGACUUGUGAGACCUGACACUGAUGCCGACUUGUCCAUGGUUUGGAAAGUUCUGUCAGUGAUUCGGAGGAUGAAGGGCGAUUCUCCUUUGUUGGACGUGGGGAUGAAAGCUUUUACUUCGAUGGGGGCAGAUUCAUAUGACUCGAGAAAAAUUAGAGAAGUGUGUGCUGCACUGAUGUCUGGAAGUUAUUUAUAUCCAGAAGCGAUGGAGUUGAUUUCUUCAUAUGUGACGAAAAAUUUGGAACAUACGAAUCCCGAGACAAUAGACAAAUUUCUGAACUUAACGUACUGUCUGGGGUGGGAAAAUGAGAAUGUGGACUUUGGGAAGUUGGCAAGUGUGAUUGAGUCGAAUUUUGAUCGAUUUGGACUUGGCAUUAUCCAGUCUGGCCUUAGUCUUGGGUUUCACCACCAAUUUCGUAGGGAGUUGAUUGACAAAAUUUUUAAUGUAGAAUUCCUGGACUACAUUGAUGAGGAAAUACAAAAUACUUAUGGAAAGAAUAAUCAGUAUCCCUACAGACUAAGGGUGAAUUUAAUGGAGCUGAAUCGAAUUGUGUGCCUAGAUGUGCCAAAUGCUCGACUACCCUGGUUCCAUGAAAAGUUUUGUCAAAAUAUUAUAGCACAAGGACACCCAAAACAAAGCUAUCUGCACAAUGAGGUUCAGGAAAAUCUAACCGAUUUGUUAGGGGAAGGAGCAGUCCAGUCAAAUGUGUGUCUUCCACACGAUUAUUAUUACAAUAUUGAUUUCGUCAUUAAGUUUGAUCAUGACAAUCGACCAAUCCGAGUUACAAAUCGACCAAGAACCCUCUCAUUUUCAUCAAUUCGGAAAGAUCAUCCAGACAAUGUAAAGAGAAAAGUUGCCAUUUUAGUCCUCUCCAACCUUGCAUUUACAAAAAAUGUUAGACAAAUUAAAGGUGGAUAUAAAUUAAAACAGCGUCAUUUAGAAAUUCUAGGUUAUGAAGUUUUUACUAUAAACCCUUACACUUGGAAUAGUAUGUACAUGUCUGAACUGUCAGCUAAACAACAAUUUUUAGAAUCCAAAAUUUUUAAUCUCAAUAAAUAGCGAUGUUUAUUAUAUUUCAUUUAUUA